UGCUCCAGUCCAGAGUGGCUGAGUCGAGGAAAGAGUGACCGUCCAGGCUACAGGGGGAUCGUAUCUGGUUCUAUACUAUGGAUCUGCUGGAUAUGUUUCCUUAUGUUUUAAUGAUUCACGGCCCAAAGUGAGGAGAUGUCAGAGGGAAUAUGCGGGCGCUUCGGAGAGUCUCCAGCAGCACCGCUCCCAAUCACGGAGGUUGGGAUCGUAUCCGCGGGUCCUCCGCGGGAGGUAUGCCUUUGAGGAAGUUGUGGUGUCAACGGAUUCUCUACUUUGAUCCCCGAUGAGAGAUGGUACGUGAUAAUUAUCUAACUGUAACUUCAUGGAUUUGAUGAUACUGACGUGACAUCCAGCUGAAGUACAGACAUGGCAAUGUCCAACAUGGUCUUCUCGGACGUGGAAACUUUUCUGGACACGCACCCGGAGUUAUUCGAGGAUUAUUUAAACCGAAAGGGGAAGCAAAGCAUGGUGGAGAAAUGGCUCAAGACUCACCCGGCGAGCAAACCAACCGCGUCCUCCGCUCAGGUCGCCGCGGAACCGGAGAAACCGUACGCGCGUAAAGAGAGCUGGGCGAGCCGGGGCGACGGCACCCAGAGGCGUGCGUCGCAGAAGGAGCUCCGCACGACAUUCGCCCGGUCCAAGGCCAUGAACUGCAACAGAACUUACGACGAGAACGUUAAUACCCGGGCUCAGGAACCGCUGACGAGCAUGAGGAGACGAGCGCUUCUCCGGAAAGCCAGCUCCCUGCCCCCGACCACCGCACACAUCCUCAGCGCCCUGCUGGAGUCCCGCGUCAACAUCCCCCAGUACCCCUCCACCGCUGUGGACUUUAAGUACUACCUCAAGGAGCACAACGAGCGGGAGUUCUUCCUGGAGCUGGUGAAGGACAUCUCGAACGAUUUGGAUAUAACCAGUCUGAGUUACAAGAUCCUGGUGUUCGUGUGCAUCAUGGUGGACGCGGACCGCUGCUCUCUGUUCCUGGUUGAGGGCUCGGCCAACAAGAAGACGCUCGUGUCGAAAUUCUUUGACGUGCACGCUGGGAUUACAAUCUUACCUUCUUUGAGGAAUUCCGACGAAGUGCAGGUUCCCUGGGGGAAAGGCAUCAUUGGAUAUGUGGCUGAGCACGGGGAGACCGUAAACAUCCCUGAUGCUUAUCAGGACCGCCGCUUCAGCGACGAGAUCGACAAGAUGACGGGCUACAAGACGCAGUCGCUGCUGUGCAUGCCCAUCCACAACAGCGACGGCGAGGUCAUCGGCGUGGCCCAGGCCAUCAACAAGAGCCCGGGCGGCGCCCUCUUCACAGAGGAAGACGAGAGGGUGCUCCAGAUGUACCUUCCCUUCUGUGGGAUCGCCAUCUCCAACGCCCAGCUCUUCGCCGCCUCCAGGAAGGAGUACGACAGGAGUCGGGCGCUUCUAGAGGUGGUGAACGACCUGUUUGAGGAGCAGACGGACCUGGAGAAGAUCGUCAGGAAGAUCAUGCACCGCGCCCAGACGCUGCUCAAGUGCGAGCGCUGCUCCGUGCAGCUCCUGGAGGACAUCGAGUCCCCGGUGGUGAAGUUCACCAAGUCCUUCGAGCUGCUGUCGCCCAAGUGCAGCGCAGACACCGAGAACAGUUUCAAAGACAGCAUGGAGCGGUCCUCCUACUCUGAUUGGCUCAUCAACAACAGCAUCGCCGAGCUGGUGGCGUCCACCGGUUUGCCCGUCAACAUCAGCGACGCCUAUCAGGACCCCCGCUUCGACGCCGAGGCGGACCAGUUCUCCGGCUUCCACAUCCGCUCGGUUCUCUGCGUGCCCAUAUGGAACAGCAACCACCAGAUCAUAGAACCAGUCAGCCCCAGCAGCUCCUCCACACCGGCCCACUGGGAUCCGAUGGGAGGAGUCCUGAGCAGUGGGAGGAGUCCUGAGCAGUGGGAGGAGUCCUGA